AGCAGUCAUCAUCAACUCCAUUCAACGCUCACGGGCGUGGGGAAAAGCCAGCCAGCUGGUCUGGCUGGUCCUCUGGCUGGUCUGCUACGGCCGACAGCAUGGCGAGCUUAUGGAAAACUAACAUUAAAGGUACAAGUAAUAGUGCAAAUGCUGAAAGGAAUCUACUCCAGGAGAUCCUCAAGCUAGAUCUACGGGUAAAGUCAUGCAUACAGGACAUCCAAAACGGUUGCGCGAGUCAGGAGGACUUGAAUGCCAAAAAUUUGGAAGCUGCAGAGAGCAUGCGCAUCUACAAAAAGACAGUGGAAGCAUUGAAAGCGCUUGCAAUGGAGCAGGACAAAGUUCAGGACAAGGAGAGGUUAAUACUGAAGGCUGAAGAGUUUGUGAAAGGAAUGAAAUGCAACAUUGAAGCACUACGCAAGGCAAACCUUGUGGCUGAAAAGAACAUCCAUGACCAGGACAGAGAGCGGCUCCUGUCUGGAGGACACGUCAGGCAGAG